ACCUUCCUCUAACGAUGACCUUUCACCUCCGGCUGUGUAGAGGAUGAUGGCGUCGGAGCGGGGUGGCGGGCCCGGUUCGUACCGGACCAUGGCGGCAGCGGAUUACUCCGUACUGGUUGUGGUGGGCUCGCUGCGAGCCGCCGGCCUUCUGGAGCGGAUCCUGCAGCAGAUAGAAACGGGUGUGCGCUGCUGGCACGUGGACCUGAAGGUCUCUGUUCUGGACCAGCAGCUGAAGCUCUUCGUAUCCAGACACUCAUCCUUCCUGUCCCAGGACAUCCCAGGUCAGCGGACGCUUCAGCACCACGGAGAGGUCCUUCACACGCAGGUUUUGGUGAAUCCAGUCAAAGAGAGGGUUUGCUCAGAGGUGCGGCGGCUGGUCUGUGACCCUUCUCCAGACAAACUGCUGAUCCUGGCUGGUCAGUGUGUGGAGGGCAGCGGGGACCUGGUUCUGCAGCAGGGCUGCUUCUCUUUUGCUGACUUCAUCCAGGUCUUUGCUGACGAGGAGGUCAGAGAACUUUGGGGCUCUGCUGGUCCGACGUUGGAGGCCCGCCUCACCCUCAGCUGUCCCAACUAUGGUCUUUGGAGAGACUCUGAGUGGCAGAAACACAACCUUCAGAACUUCAUCAGCAUUCGGAUCAACCCUAAACCCAUCCUUCCUGAAAUGGAAGGUCUGCAGGAGUUCACCGAGUACCUGUCCGAGUCCCUGGGUCCAGGGUUGCCCUUUGAACUUCUGGAGCCCCCUUGCACAGUGGGCUUCCUGAAACUGUCCCGACCCUGCUGCUAUGUCUUCCCUGGUGGGCGGGGCGACUCCGCCUUCUUUGCUGUCAACGGGUUUAACAUCCUGGUGAACGGAGGCUCAGACCCCCGCUCUUGUUUCUGGAAGCUGGUCCGACACCUGGACAGGGUGGAUGCGGUGCUGCUGACCCACAUGGGCGUGGACAACCUGCCCGGCCUGAACAGCUUGCUGCUAAGGAAAGUGGCCGAGCAGGACCAAGAGGCUGCUGGAGGCUUCUCUGCGGAUGAUUGGAUGAAGAACCUGAUCUCCCCGGAGAUUGGGGUGGUUUUCUUUAAUCCUCCAGACCUCCUGGAGCCCAUCCAGACUGAUCCGGGGGAGCUGCGGAGUCAAGAUGAGGCCGCUUCCACCAUGAAGCUCCUACAGAGGCUGACCAUCAAACCCGAACCUCUGAGCAGGCCUGAUGGACCCACCAUAGAACCAGUGAUCUUGUUUCAAAAGAUGGGGGUGGGGCGUCUGGAGCUGUACACCCUAAAUCCAGUUCUCGAUGAUCUGAAGCAGCUUUCUGCAGCCGGCGGACCGGACCUAAAGGGCUCUGACCCCCCAGGGCGCCUUGUCUCCAUUUGUGCCUUAUUGGUCUGGCAUCCAUCCAACUCUCAGGACCAGAUCAUUCGAGUUCUGUUCCCCGGGUGCACACCGCAACCCAAAAUCCUAGAAGCACUUGAAAAAGUCAAACAUCUGGACUUCCUUAAAUGUGCGUCUGUGUGUGUGAAGGACCUGGACGCAUCAAAAACCGAGAAGCAGCCAAAGCGUGUGGAGAGUGGAGAAAGCCUUAAGUCUCAGUCCAAGGAUCACAGACCAAGUGGUGUCCUGCAGAAGGACAAGCCUGGACGGGUGGAGGUGAAGACGAAGCCCAGAGCAGUUGCUCACAAUGUGUCCAAAGAAAGAAAAGAUCCAGAUGCCAAAGCCAAGACCACAAAACCAAGUCCAAAGAAAGAUGUGUCCAAAGAAGACAAGAAACACUUGAAGAACAAGGAUGUGAUGGUCUCCAAGGAGGUCGUGGAUAAAACGAAAGAAGCUACAAAGAAGGAAAUCGUAAGAAAGAUGAAAGAUUUUAAACCUGAACCAACAAAAGACCUGAAGCUGGAGAAGAAACCUGCGGUGAGAACGAGUGGAACCACAGCAGCUGCAGAUCUCAGGAAGGCCUCGGGGAGAGGUGAGACGGUAAAGAAGGAUGGGGCCUUCCCAAAGAGCAGAACUUUAAAGACGGGCUCAAAGGCACUGGCGCCUGAAGAUGACAACAACAACCAGAACACCGGUUCUAAAACGCCGCUCUCCGCCUCACAGAGCCCGGAAAACCUCCGCCCUGCAGGGACAGACCUGGGCGCUUUGGGUACCUCCUCGCCUUUCGCCAAAAUCCCAAAAGGUGAUCUCAGUGUGAACUUUGACCUCACUCUGACUUCAUACCUGCAGAUACAGGGAUCUCCAUUCGUCCAAACGGAUGCAUGUGCCAGCUCAGAGGAGAAGACUUUGGACCUGGUCUCCUCUGCAGAUUCUGCUCCAAACAGCGCUGGACACACCCCAUUCCAUCAGUCCCCUGUGGACGACACUCUGGGCUUUGGGGCUAGAGGCUCCAGUCUGGGCUUUGAGGACUACGAUCAGGGAGGUUCUUGUAAAACGUCAGACUUGAGUUCCCUUAGGGAAGGUCUGGAGAACUCCCUGUCCUCUCAGGAUAAACCAUCCAGCCUCCUGAGAGAGGCGAUGCCUGACUCCUCCCCCACCAUGGCGUCCAUGCCAGCUGGGGUCGGCUCGCCUCGCUCCUCGGAGGUCGAGAAUUCCUUCUCUGAACAAGUUCUUCCACCUGCAGCCAAGUCCUGCUCCAGUGGACACAUUGGUGCCGCUGAUGUGACUUUACCAGUCAGACCCACCCAGAACGGAUGCUGCGGAGCCCAGGACCACGUCCGCGGGCUAGCAGAAUUCAGUUCGGAUGUGCCACACGAUGUUGACCUGUGCCUGGUGUCCCCCUGUGAGUUUCAACAUCCAAGAGUUCUGGAGACCCCCCAGCAGCCCACAAGCCCUGGACACCCCUUGGAGAACAACAGCCUGUCCCAGGACCAUAGCAGCGACUGUCCCUCGGCCUGUAGUCAGCAGACCCCGCCCACAUCACUCAGUGAUUACCUGCCUACAGCCACAGACUCUGAUGUUCCCUUGGAGACCGAGGACUCUUCUUCCAUCAGUGCAGAUGUCAAUGAUGAAGGUGACACCAACAGCCUCGUCCUCCCUGGUCAGAACCACCAUCAUUCCAGUCCAGUCUUUAUCCAUGACCCGUCAUCGGCUCCAGGUAAAGACCUACCUCCCCUGCCACCCCAACCUGGAGCCUGUAUGACUGACCCGGAGGCAGACAAGAGCCUCAGGACCUCCGGUACCAAGAAGAAACCGCUGCAGAGAACCGUCUCCGCUCAGAGCGGGAUGUCAAAGUCCAAAGCCGGGUCCUCCGGAAUGCUGAAGACGAGCCUGGAUACUAAACCGUCCUCUCGAGGCUCUCUUGGUGGAGCCAAAGUUGGAUCUGCAAAACUACAGUCUUCAGGUUCUAGGCCCACCAGUUCUGACAGUACUGUGGUCUACGUGGACCUGGCCUACCUGCCCUCUGGGUCAGCGUCAUCUAGUGUGGACAAAAACCUGUUCAGGUGUCUGCGUUCCUCCUACUACAUCGUCAGUGGAGAUGACCCUGUGAAGGAGGAGGUGAUGAGGAGCAUCUUAGACUCCCUGCUGGAGGGGAAGAGCAGCUGGUCCAGUGUCCCAACGACCCUCAUCCCAACCUUUGAUUCGCCAGUGAUGCAUCAGUGGUACCAGGAGACCCUGGAGCGUCAGCGGGAGCUGCUGAUCACGGUUCUGGGCAGCAAUAGCACCGUCGCCAUGCAGGACGAGACCUUCCCUGCCUGCAAGGUGGAGUUCUGAGCUGAGGCUCCACCCAUCUGCCCUGUGACCUCACACCGGACCAAUGCUGCUGUCGUUCAGUGAGCUUGCUCAGGUAUAAAUAGUAUACCUGAAGCUUUCCUCACCUGCUGGAUCAGAACCACAUGCUCAGAACACUGAGCCAAACCAGAAUGGAUCUGAAAGGUGAUUGAAGCACCUGAGUAGUUAAAACGCAAUGAUCUGGUCUUAGUUUAACCUGGUCCAAUUUAACCCUGGUCUGGUUUAAACUGGUCCGGUUUUACCCUGGUCUGGUUUAACCUGGUCCAAUUUAACCCUGGUCUGGUUUAAACUGGUCCGGUUUUACCCUGGUCUGGUUUAACCUGGUCCAAUUUAACCCUGGUCUGGUUUAACCUGGUCCGGUUUUACCCUGGUCUGGUUUAACCUGGUCCAAUUUAACCCUGGUCUGGUUUAAACUGGUCCAAUUUAACCCUGGUCUGGUUUAAACUGGUCCAAUUUAACCCUGGUCUGGUUUAAACUGGUCCGGUUUUACCCUGGUCUGGUUUAAACUGGUCCAAUUUAA